GGGACUAGGUUUGGCUGAAGAAGUUCCCGGGGCAAAAGCACACAGAGAUCAAGCCGGCCACCAAAACCAGCUUCUGCAAGCUCCGGGACCUCAGGCAUGAGAACGUGAACCUGUUCCUGGGGUUCUUCUAUGACUGCGGGGUGUUUGCCAUUGUCUCGGAGCACUGCUCCCGCGGCAGCCUGGAGGACCUCAUCCGCAACGAGGACAUGAAGCUCGACUGGAUGUUCAAGUCCUCCCUGCUCAUUGACCUCAUCAAGGGGAUGAAGUACCUCCAUCACCGGGACGUGGUCCAUUGACGGCUGAAAUCACGGAACUGCGUGGUGGAUGGGCGCUUUAUGCUGAAGGUGACGGGCCACGGCUACAAUGAGCUCCUGGAGGCCCAGAAGAUCCCACAUGACCCACCCAGGCCUGAAGAGCGGUUCUGGACGGCGCCGGAGCUGCUGCGGGACCCGACGCUAGAGCGCAAGGGCACUUUCCGUGGGGAUGUCUACAGCAUCUCCAUCAUCAUGCAGGAGGUGAUCUGCCGCAGUGCCCCCUACUGCAUGCUGGACAUGCCGGCCGAUGAGAUCAUCCAGAAGGUGGAGAAGCCGCCCCCGCUGUGACGUCCCUCAGUCUCGGUGGACCAGGCCCCGCUGGAGUGCAUCCAGCUGAUGAAGCAGUGCUGGAGCGAGCAGCCUGAGCGGCGGCCGACCAUUGACCAGAUCUUUGACCAGUUCAAGAACAUCAACAAAGGCCGGAAGACCAACAUCAUUGACUCCAUGCUGCGCAUGCUGGAGCAGUACUCCAGCAACCUGGAGGACCUGAUCCGGGAGCGGACGGAGGAGCUGGAGAUCGAGAAGCAGAAGAUGGACAAGCUGCUCACCCAGAUGCUGCCACCGUCGGUGGCACAGGCGCUGAAGAUGGGGACUCCGGUGGAGCCUGAGUACUUCGAGGAGGUGACACUCUACUUCAGUGACAUCGUGGGCUUCACCACCACCUCGGCCAUGAGGGAGCCCAUCGAGGUGGUGGACCUGCUCAAUGACCUCUACACCCUCUUCGAUGCCAUCAUCGGCUCCCACGAUGUCUACAAGGUGGAGACCAUCGGAGAUGCCUACGUGGUGGCCUCAGGGCUGCCCCAUCGGAACGGGAACUGGCACGCGGGCGAAAUUGCCAACAUGUUGCUGGACAUCCUGAGCGCCGUCGGCUCCUUCCGCAUGCACCACAUGCCUGACGUGCCCGUCCGCAUCCGCAUCGGCCUGCAUUCCAGGCCCUGCGUGGCUGGUGUGGUAGGGCUCACCAUUCCCCGGUACUGCCUCUUCGGGGACACCGUCAACACCGCCUCCCGCAUGGAGUCCACCGGCCUGCCUUACCGGAUCCACGUGAACAUCCGCACGGUCACCAUCCUGCAUUCGCUGAAGGAGGGAUUCAAACUGGAUGUUUGGGGCAAGACUGAGCUCAAGGGCAAAGGCAUAGAAGACACGUACUGGCUGGUGGGACGAGAUGGAUUCAACAAACCCAUCCCCACGCCCCCCGACCUGCAGCUGGGGGCAAGUAACCAUGGUAUCAGCCUGGAUGAGAUCCCCACAAACCGUCGGAAGAAACUGGAGAAAGCCCGGCAGAACAAGUAG